AUGUGGUACCACGUAGCCGAGCCCAAUUCCUACCUCGUCAUCACGGGUGUAGGAAUUGAGAAGGUCUUGAUUAAGAAGAAGGCCUUCGUAUACCCUCUACAGAAGGUCUCCAAGAUCUCCAUCACACCUUUUGACUUCUCCAUGGCCCUCCAGGCUAUGACUAUUGAGAAGCUUAAGUUUGCCCUACCAGCCGUAUUCACCAUCGGUCCCGCGGAUAGCCCCGAAGCACUUGAGAAAUAUGCCGUGUUACUCACUGGCGAGAGUGACGGAAGCCCUACCCAAACGGCGGCCAAGGGAGUCGUCUCGGUUGCUGAAGGUCGCAACCAUGUUCAAGAGAUUGUUAAGGGUAUUAUUGAGGGCGAGACACGAAGCAUUGUCUCUACUAUGACUAUGGAAGAGUUGUUCCGUGAGCGAAAGAUUUUCAAGGAUAAAGUUAUCCAGCAAGUUCAAUCCGAGCUUGACCAGUUUGGUCUUUGCAUCUACAAUGCCAAUGUGAAGGAGCUACAAGACACUCCUGGCUCGGAGUACUUCGCCUUUCUCUCUCGCAAGGCACACGAGGGCGCACUAAACCAAGCUAAGGUCGAUGUUGCUCACGCUCGUAUGCAAGGUGAGGUUGGAGAAGCAGAGAAGCAAGGAAAAACCAAGCAGGAAGUCGCCAAGAUCCACGCCCAGACUGCCGUCCUCGAGACCGAGCGUAAAGCCGAGAAGGCUACAGCAGAUGCCAAGUUCACCGACAAGGAAAUUGAGAUCGGUCGUGACCUCAACGUAGCUCGCAUCAACGCCAAGCGCGAAGCCGAACGACGCGAUGCCGAGCUUCAAAUGGAGGUUGAGAAGAAGAGGGCACUCAUGGAGCUUGAACGUCUCCGUGCUACCAAGGUCGUGCAGGCGAAGAUUGAGAAAGAGAGUGCGCAGCAGCAGGCCGACGCAGAGCUGUACACCCAGGAGAAGUCCGCCGACGGACACAAGUACAGUCAGCAGGCUGAGGCUGAAGCUGAUGCUUUCCGUAGCCUUCGUGCUGCUGAAGCUGACUUCGAGGCCACCAAGCGUCGCGCUGAAGCCGAGUACUUCGCCCAGGAACGCUCAGCUCAAGCCCACCUCAUCACCCAGCAGCGCGAAGCUGAGGGUCUCUCUGCGAUGGCCAAGGCAUACGGCGACAUGGCUAACGUCCUCGGCGGACCCCAGGGCCUCAUGCAAUACCUCAUGAUCACCAACGGAACCUACGAGAAGCUUGCGAAUGCGAACGGCGCGGCCAUCAAGGGCCUUCAGCCAAAGAUCAACGUCUGGAACACCGGCAGCCAGGGAGGGGAGGGUAUGGCGGACCCUUCAGCACCUAUUCGCAACCUCUUCCAGAGCCUGCCUCCUCUGCUCAGCACUAUCCAUGACCAGACUGGUAUGGCACCACCUAGCUGGCUGGCGCAGAUGCCCCAGCAGAAUGGCGACAUGAACAAGAUGCACUUGAGGAACGGCAGCGAUGUGUCGCCAUAG